GCACUUCUCCUCAGACCAACCCCUCCUGCAGGAGACCGAGGUGCAGCUGCCAGUCCGCCCGGAGCAAGUCCACCACCAACCCGCCAUGGGGGCGAGCAGAGCCGCCGCACGGACCUCCUCGCUCGUCUGACAUUUGUGUCUGCUCUCGACGUUUCGUAGCAGUGAUUUUUUUAUUUUUUUUAUUUUUGCAUACCUGCAACUACCUUUUCAACUACAUUUUCGCACCGACUUUUUUUGUCGGCAACGCUCCGAGCGUGCAGGGAGGAGAAAGUUUCCCCGACCUCGGCGCCUCCCUUCCCGGCCAGAGCAUGCGGCUGAGCCGGUGGCUGUGGGCGCUGCUGCUGCUGCUCCUGCCGGCGCUGCGAAGCUCGGACGGCGUUUUGAUAUCUCCUCGAGAGGCGAACCAGUUCCUGAGCAGACACCGGAGAGCCAACCAGGUGUUCGAGGAGACGAAGCAGGGCCACCUGGAGAGGGAGUGUGUGGAGGAGAGGUGCACCAAGGAGGAGGCCAGGGAGGUGUUUGAGAACGACCCGGAGACGGAUUACUUCUAUCCCAAGUAUAUGGCCUGUGUGGAAAGGUUUGGAGAUUCUGAAAAGAAAAAACAGGAUCUGGUCACGUGUGUCCAUAAUAUCCCAGAUCAGUGCUCUCCCUCCCCCUGUAAUGCCAAAGGCACAGUGCGCUGCGAGGACAAAAAGGGAGACUUCCUCUGUCACUGUUUUACAGGCUGGACAGGAGCCAGAUGUGAGAAAGAUGUCGACGAGUGCAGCAAUAGAAACGGAGGUUGUGACCAUGACUGUAACAACACAAUGGGCAGUUACCGCUGCUCCUGUAAUCAAGGCUACAUGCUGGUUGGACGGCACAUGUGUAAUGAUGUCAACGAGUGUGAGAAUCCGGGUGUGUGUGGAACAGCACGAUGUGAGAAUAAGGACGGCAGCUACGAUUGCUUGUGUGAUACUGGCUAUGUCUAUGACAACGAAAGCAAAAGCUGUGUCGAUGUGGAUGAGUGUGAAGCCGGUGUGUGUGCGGAGGAGUGUUUGAACACUCUGGGGAGUUUCCGCUGCUUCUGUGAUGGUCGACACGGCAUGAAGCUGGGACGGGACCUCAGGAGCUGUAAGCCUAUAACUCCGUGUAUGUCACCAUCCUUGAAGAGGAACCCCCGUUCUCUUUACCUCGGCCGCAUGUUCAGCGGUGUUCCAGUGGUGCGGCUGCGUUUCCGCCGCAUAGUUCAUACGGGCUUUUCAGCGGAGUUUGACUUCCGCACCUAUGAUCGCGAGGGGGUGAUUUUCUUUGCGGGAGGUCACUUAAACAGCUCCUGGAUUGUUUUGGCAAUGCACAAUGGGAAGCUGGAGCUGCAGCUGAAGUACGGCACAGUCAGCAGAGUCACUAGCAGUGGCCCCAUCGUCAGUGAUGGCCAGUGGAGAAAGAUCUCAGUUGAGGAGCAGGGCCGGAGUCUUGUUAUCAAGAUUGACCGAGAGGCUGUUAUGAAGAUUGCUGUAAAUGGUGAUCUGUUCACACUAAAGAAGGGCAUGCAUGAACUCAACCUCACUGUGGGAGGUGUCCCUUUCAAAGAGGAUGGCCUUAUCAAUCAGGUAAACCCUCGUCUGGACGGCUGUAUGAAGGAGUGGCGCUGGCUGACGGGGGAAGACACCUCCAUACAAGAAACCAUCCGGUCCAAUGAUAACAUGCAGUGUUUCAGCGCUGAGGUUCCUGGAGCCUAUUACCCCGGAAAAGGCUUUGCAUUCUUCAAUAUCAGCUAUGAAUCCCAGAACCUGAGCGUGCGAUUGAACCUGCGUCCCGUCUCUGCUAUAGGAGUGCUGUUUGCACUCGUUCACCAGGACAAGGUGCCUCUCUCCAUCGCUCUGGCCGACUAUCAUCCCACAACUGGCGAGUGGCGUGAUGUUAUUCUGGUUUUUGUAGGUGAUGUGGUUAUUGCCAGUUCUCCUGCGCCCCUCUGUGAUGGUCAGAGUCAUGAUGUCCAGGUGACAGUUUCAGCCAAUGAGACCCAGCUCCUUGUCGAUGGCCAACUUGGACAAAGUGAAGACACAGAAAUUCCUACCGGCCUUUUCUUGCAUUCCAGCACUUUUAUAGGAGGCCUCCCAGAUGUUCCUCUGGUCUCUACGUUCGUGUCAGCGCCCUACAGCGGUUGUAUGGAGGUCAGCGUAAACGGACGGUCUCUGGAUCUGGACCAGGCCAUCCACAAACACAACGACAUCCGCUCACACUCCUGCCCCCUGCUGGACUCCUACUAGUGGCGUGUGGCGGAGCCUGCCAAAAACCAAACCAUAAGCAGUUCUUUUGAGGCAAUAGGGAUAAUUGUUCAUUAAACUUUCCCACUAGUUUGGAGAAAAAAACUUAAAAAAUAAACCUGGUGCAAAGCAAUCCUAUCCCACCGCUCCCCUGAGGAUUUUCAGUAUUGUGAUUCAGUAAAUCCAUCUGACAGCAGAUGAGCUGUGGUUUCCCAACGGUAAACAAAGAAAAUAGAAAUACAAGGUAAAUAAUGUUGCCUCAAAAACUGACCAUCUACCACAGACUUGUAAAUCCACAAGAAAACAAAGCCUUAUAUACAUUUGGUUCUGGGCCAGAGUACUAUGACUUUGUGACUACUUUGUAGUUGUGUUGCUUACAGACAGUCACCUAAUGUCCACAUUCACACAGCCUGAAUCAGGCAAGUGCUAAUGCUGAUAAAAUGAGUACAAAUCUGGACCAGAUGAAUUAUCUUUAAUUAGUUACCGUACCCAGAGAAAAUACGUCAGCGGGUGCUCAGAUUCUCUUGAGUGUGUAGUGGAAUGACAUUUUUGCCCUUAAAAUGCUGAAUCUCCUCCUGUACUGUACGCACGGAGGCGUGUUAUUAGGCACAACUUUGUGUUUUGUAGACAACCUUGCACAUCGUUGCAGGUAUAGAUGGACUGUAGUGUGUGAAGCCAUUUUCUUAUCUUCCUUGAAUUAAAAAAAACACUCCAUGUCUGCCUGCAACCUUAAAAAUCAACCUUGUGCCUAGAAAAGAACAACUGAUCCAAACUUGUAAACAGCUUCCCUCUAAACAGGCGAAUCAUUUUGCAAAGGUGCAGUACUGUGACAACCCAACAAAACCAUCACGUCUCCCAACAAAUGUAGUCACCGCAGUGGAUACACUAUGCAUUUUCUCUUCUACAUUUUCAAGAGUUUCACUCUGACACUGACUGAUUCUAGAUCCUUAAUCACUAACUUCAUCACAAAGGGCCCUCCCUCCCUCGGAGUCACCCUGUUCACACAGUUAGAACCAGAAAUAUACCAACCUGAGAACAAUAAAAUAGCCACAGAAGCACAGGGAGGCGGGACCCUCUCCACGAGGGAGAGACCAAGCACUGCAUUAAUCACAUCACACAAGCUACUGAAAUUAAGACGCGUGCGCUGUAAUAUACUGAGUAUGUAAAUAAUGUGACUGUACAAUGCUUUAUAAAAGACAGAAAGAAAACACUACCUUAUGUUCUCUGAGGUUUCUGCAGAGUUUAGUUGAUCCCAAAACGACAGAGUCUCUCAACGUGUCUUAGGAGAGUUUCAGCAAUUAAAUCUGUAAUUGUCGACUUUGAGACGGGGAAAGCGAUAACCACUGAUCCGAGUAGUAUCAGUCUGAGAACUCAUUUUAAUUUAUCGGUGCUCAGCAAUUCAAUAAAAACAAAGAAUGUCAAAAGAGCAUUUUGACUGAAAAAGUCAAAAGGGCUCCAGUGUUAUUUUAAUUCCCUCUGUAAUGUAUCGUUUUUUUAAAGAUGUCAGAUAGAUGAAUGAAUGCCAGAGUAAUAGAGCUUGUCUUUUUGUUUUGUUUUUUUUUAUCAUAUGUGUUGUAUAUUGAGCUUUUCUUCUGUUUUCUUUUUUUUUCCACUUUAAACUGCCAGUAUGUGUACAAUGCUGAGAGAAGUCUGCCUUUUGAGUUUUAACUUCUCUCAACGGUAAAAAUCCUAUUUAAAAAUAAAAGCAACUGUAUGAACAUCAUAGAGUAAAAAUGUAUUUUCAAAAAACU